UAGACUAAAGUACAGUACUUUUUGUUUACCCUAACGGCGGGGGGACGGUCCCAUCACGGCCCGUAUUCUUUUGGCCCGUUGCCAAAUGAAUUCCUCAAGCUUCCUCUUCCAUCAGCUAAAUUCCUAGUCAUAGUCGUGGUCGAUCUCUCUCAGGAGGCGGGGGCCACAGUCGUGGUUGGAGCUAUAGCCCGAGCGAGAGGCACAGCAAGUCUCCAAGAGCAAAACCUUGGCGCAAGUCACCUGGAAAGUCAAGAUCAAGGCCCACUCGUUCGGUUGUUCCCGAUUUGAAUCAGGGUUUUUCCUUUUUCCUCUCCUCUAAGUUUCCAAGUCAAAGCUUCAAAACUAGAUGAAAAUCCCUAAACCCGACACCCAGAACUGAUAAGCAAUGCUUAUUUCAUCAUCUUAGUUGAUAUCGUAUUUUAGUUUUAUUGAUAUCAUGUUUUAUUGAUAAAUGAUAAAUGAUAAAUAUCUAUUUUUAGAUGGAAUUUGAUGAUAUCAAAUGAUAUUUUCUGAAGAACAUGGGUUUAGGAUAGUGAGGUCUACAAAAUUUGAUUCUGAUAAUUAGUGAUUCAAACUAUAAGAGUUGCCCAUGUAAAUGUGAGUGGGAUAAAAUUGAGAAACUUAGCCAGUUCUUGGGUUUUUUUUUAAUAAUAUUGCUUGUAUGUUUUUUUUGGAACAAAGUACCCUACGGCUAACGUAUACUUUACUUCAAUUUUCAUAGCAUGCUUAACCUUGAAUGAAAACAUGAAUGGAUAUGAUGUGCAUAUAAUUUUAAAGUUUUUAGAUUAUCAUCUGACUGCAUCUCAAGUUUUUAGAUUCGAACGAUUUGAUCUCUGCGUACAGCCUACUUAGGUUGUUAGAUUUUUCUUCUUAUUAUUCUUUUUUUAAUGCUGUUUCACUAUGAUUUUCAUGCAAUUUCACUCUGAUUUGAUCUCACUAUGAUUUUUUCUGGAUAGCUUGUUAAGAGAAAGAACUGGACUAGGUGUCUCCUAUGUGGUCAAUGUGUUGAAUGCUUCUAGGUUGCUUUGUUGUUAAAUGCAGGAAAGAUUGAGCUAGGUAGAGGGGAAAGUGCCAGAAGGUGAGAGCGAGGGAUGAGUUAGGAGUGGGCUCAAAAACCAACAGUUACAGUUUCAGUGAUUUUUUUUUAAGAAUUAGUUUAUAUCAUUUAUCUUUCCCCUUUCAUCGUUUAAGUAUUUUUGCAGAUGAGUUUUGUAACUGAUUCCCCAGUACACUCGUCUAGCAGUGAUGACUUUGCCGCAUUGCUUGAUGCUGAGCUUGAAGUCGGUUCUUCAGGCUCAUCACACGAUGAACAAGACGAUGAAGAGGAAGAAGUUGAUGAUGAUAAUAAUGAUGAUGAUGAUGAUGACCUCGACAAUCAAAGGAACAAAAGGUGCAAGACCGAGAAGUUGGAAGACGUAGAAGAACCUCAAGGGUCAACCUCGCAGGGUUUGAUAGAAGAAAAUAUAGAAGUAUCCUUGAAAAGGGAUCUAUGUACACAUCCAGGUUCUUUUGGACAAAUGUGCAUCCUUUGUGGGCAAAGGUUGGAUGAUGAAUCCGGUGUAACAUUUGGGUAUAUACAUAAGGGUUUAAGGCUUGGUAAUGAUGAAAUUGUUCGAUUACGCAGCACAGAUAUGAGAAAUUUGUUACGUCAUAAGAAGCUUUACUUAGUUCUUGAUUUAGAUCACACAUUGCUGAAUUCUACUCUGCUCAUGCACCUAACACCUGAGGAAGAAUAUUUGAAGGCCCAAUCUGAUUCCCUUCUAGAUGUUUCAAAAGGCAGCCUCUUCAUGUUGGAUUUUAUGCAUAUGAUGACCAAAUUGAGGCCUUUUGUUCAUACAUUUCUCAAAGAAGCAAGUGAAAUGUUUGAGAUGUACAUUUAUACAAUGGGUGAUAGACCCUAUGCAUUAGAAAUGGCUAAACUGGUUGACCCCAGAAGAGAAUACUUCAGUGGUAGAGUGAUUUCAAGAGAUGAUGGCACCCUGAAACACCAAAAGGGUCUUGAUGUGAUACUAGGGCAAGAGAGUGCUGUUGUGAUCCUUGAUGAUACAGAAAAUGCAUGGAUGAAGCAUAAAGACAAUCUGAUUCUGAUGGAGAGAUAUCAUUUCUUUGCUUCGAGUUGUCACCAAUUUGGCUACAAUUGCAAGUCUCUUUCUCAGUUGAAGAGUGACGAAAGUGAGACUGACGGAGCACUUUCUUCUGUUCUUAAAGUACUUAGACAAAUCCACCAUAUUUUCUUCGAAGAACUUGAUUCCGAACUUUCUAGCAGAGAUGUGAGGCAGGUGCUGAAAACAGUUCGGAAGGAAGUGCUUAAGGGUUGUAAAAUUGUUUUCAGCCGUGUUUUUCCUGCAAAGUUCCAGGCUGAUAGUCAUCUUCUGUGGAAGAUGUCAGAGCAGUUGGGAGCUACUUGCUCAACGGAAACUGAUUCUUCAGUAACGCAUGUCGUUUCAACAGAUGCUGGAACUGAGAAGUCUCGUUGGGCAGUGAAAGAGAAGAAGUUUUUGGUCCAUCCACAGUGGAUAGAAGCUGCAAAUUACUUAUGGCAAAAGCAGCCUGAAGAAAAUUUUCCUGUUAGCCAAACAAAGAAUCAAUGACCACACUUUCAUCA